CAAGAGGCUGCCCGGAGGAUGGUGCAGAGGCAGAUGGCCCUGCAGGUGGCGUCGGUGCGAGAGCGCCUCGAGUGGUUCGCGCCCUUCCUGGUUUCAUCAGCGACGUUCCUGUUCCUCGGCUACCGCAAAACCAGAAAUUCAGUCGUGCUGUACCCCCUGGUGCCCAUGUGCUUUGCCCUGGGCUAUCAGGUCGAUUUCGCUUUCGGAAGCAAAACGAACAGAAUUAAAAACAUCGCAGAAAGCAUCAUGAGACACGAGGGACACCUGAUCCACGUGCCUGAGUGGCACUACAGCAACCCCCUCAAGCAAAAUCACGGUGGGCAUCCCCCUUAUCUCGCUCAAGCCUUGACAUGCCCAGUCUUGGAGCCCAAGUCAAGAUAUAAGGACUGCAAGCCACUCAUAAUUCUCAUUAUCAUUUGCUAUAUUGAGGUUACGAACCGUGCCAUUGAUACUGAACCAUGA